GUCGGGGAUAACACGGUAAACGACACGACGUUUGCAUUGAUAAAAACGACAUGCACUUUAAAAAUACAACGCACAUAUAUACACACCGACCGCCAUACCUCCUCUCAAAAUUCAACAGAAGAAACCCUAAAGAAACUUCGACAUCAUGGGGACGCCGGAGACGUCUAGGGAGCCGUGCCCGGACCGCAUCCUCGACGACGUAGGCGGCGCGUUCGCCAUGGGAGCCGUGGGUGGCUCGGCCUUCCACUUCCUCAAGGGCAUCUACAACUCUCCCAUCGGGGCGCGAGUCGUAGGUGGCUCCCAGGCCGUGCGUCUCAACGCACCCCGCGUCGGAGGCAGCUUCGCCGUUUGGGGCGGCCUCUUCUCCGCCUUCGACUGCACCAUGGUCUACGUCCGCCAGAAGGAGGACCCCUGGAACUCCAUAGUGGCCGGCGCAGCCACCGGUGGCUUCCUCUCCAUGCGCCAGGGUCUCGCCGCCUCAGCUCGAUCGGCUGCUUUCGGUGGUGUCCUCUUGGCUCUCAUCGAAGGAGCUGGGAUCAUGCUGAACCGGAUGUUCAGUGCACAACAACAGAUGCCCAUGAUCAUCGAAGAGCCCCCACCUAAUAUGCCCGCUCUUCCUGGAUUCAUGGGCCAGUCACCGGGCCUUCCCCAUGUCCAGCCCCCGUUAGAGCCGGCGUCGGGAAGUGGAUCUUCUUCGGAUUCGAGUUCAGGUUGGCUCGGAGGUUGGUUCGGCGGACGAAAGAAGAAAGAUUCGGCGGCAACGAGUAGCGGAAGCGAGACGAAGAUCUUGGAGAGUUUCGAUGCACCACCGGUGCCGACUUUUGAGUACAAGUGAAAACAUAAUAAAAAAAUAAAAAAAACAGAAAAAAAUGAAGAUAAAAGAGGCAAAGAAACUUCAAUCGAAAGUUGUUCAUUUUUUUUUGUUUUUGUUUUUAUUUUUGUUUUUGUUUUUGUUGUGACGAUGAUUUCAGAACAAGAGAAUCUGGGGGUUUGUGUUAGGUAUUGUGUCGGACCCGAGUUUUGUGACACAAUUGUUCUUCUUUAAUGGUGAGAUAGUGGCACUGUAAAAUAAUGCUUUUUCCAAAUGGUACUUAUCAAAAUUAAUGCUUCUUUCAA